UGGACAGAUAUAUGGAAGUCACCAGUCAUGUACAAAAAAAAUCAUAUUUUACACUGUUGUUUCAUAUGCUCUAAAAAAUUGCAACCCUAUAUAGACACAGGGAUCUGAUCGAUGCUUUAAAAAAAAGGCCGAUCUUAAUACCGCCACUGAGAUCAUUAACGUUGAGAUGAAGAGACACCCCAAGUACGUAGCAAGUAGCCAAUGGCAGAAGAUAAUGCCUUCACUGUUGCUGGACCUUUGGAGUCGCCUGUUGUUGAAAACAAGGUUCAGUCGCUGCCACAUGCGUAUUCCUGCACCCUAACACCAGAGCUGGUCGCUAAGGCUAGAGAGGAGCUUCAGGAGAAACCAGAAUGGAGGCUCCGAGAUGUCCAGGCUCUCAGAGAUAUGGUCCUAAAAGAUUACCCAAACCUCAGGACUCGCUUAGAUGACGGCUUCCUGUUGCGUUUUCUCCGGGCUAGGAAAUUCGACUAUGACAAAGCACUACAGCUCCUAGUCAACUACCAUGCCAGUCGACGCAGCUGGCCGGAGGUGUUCCACAAUCUCAGGCCAUCGACGAUAAAACACGUACUGGACUCGGGGUUCCUAACUGUCCUACCGCAACCAGACCCUGACGGACGCCUUAUCUUGUGUCUCCGACCAGGGAAAUGGAGACCUAGUGACUACCCCUUUAUAGACAAUAUCCGUGCAAUAUAUCUGACUCUGGAGAAACUGAUCCAGCCGGAGGAGACCCAGGUGAACGGGCUGGUUAUUCUUGCAGACUACAAUGGGGUUGGCUUGGCCCAAGCUUCUCAGCUAGGACCUUUCCUGGCCAAGAAAGUGGUGGGAAUUCUUCAGGAUGGAUUUCCAAUUCGGAUAAAGGCAGUCAACAUCAUAAAUGAACCCAGAAUUUUCAAAGGGAUAUUUGCCAUCAUCAAGCCUUUUCUGAAGGAGAAGAUGGCACAAAGAUUUAUUCUUCACGGGUCAGACCUGAACUCCCUUUGUCAAAGAAUCCCCUCAGGCAUCCUCCCUGAAGAGUACGGGGGCGCAGCUGGUAAACUGAAUACUGCAGACUGGUCAACAACCCUCCAGAACUCUGAGGAGGAGUUUGUGGUGGAGUUCUGCCAGCCAGAUCCACUAGAGGGCGUCGCUCUAUCAGACUCUAUGCUGUUUGAAGGGGAACCCUCUGAAGCACAAUGCGAUGAUUCCUACAGAGGAGUGAGGUCACAGUUGUAUUACUGUUACUGAAAUGCAAAACAUUUGGGGUCAGUAUUGUUCUUGUGUAGAAGUAUAUACAGUGCUUAGUAUAGAUGUAAAAAGCAGGGCCAUUCUAUGGGAUAAGCAUUACACUAUUGUUAUGGGUCCAGUUUUAAAAGGAAAGCGUGCCCCAUUUUGUGAUCCAAACAAUACAGUUUCACAUACUUCAAAUAUGUAAAGCACAGAAUAGUACUACCCAAAAGCAAUAAGCUAUUCCUUACUGAUCAGAUGAUUUUUUUUUUUCUGUUUAGCAUUAGGAGUCAAUUAUCCAAACUAAUUGGGACGGAUACUGGUUUGCGUAAUCGAUUUGUAAUCAAACAGGUAUUAAUAACAUUUGCUGUACCUUUAAUAAUGUACAGAAUUAAGUUAACACACGCAAGUACCUACUGAUAAUAUAUAGCUAGUAACCUAUUCCAUCACAUUAAACACACAACAUUACAAAGCUUUCCAAAUCAUUAAAUUAAUGCA